AUGCUUUCUGAUCCUGUGCUUAAUCAUUCAGUUCCCUGCUGUCCAGCUCCUGAUAUAAAAAUCGGCAGGGGCAUCAUUGCGCCCCCUCAGCAUGCAACUAAAAACGAAGGGGCCCCUUUUGAUUCUUUGGCAGAUGACAUAUUUGAUGGACCAGGUUUAACAAGUACCCCAUCCGGAGCCCUUUUCGACCCCAGGGCCGAAUCCUUCGCCCAUGCAACCGAAGUAAGAUUUCCUGGCCAAGUAGGGCCUCUGAGAGAAAGGAGACCUUGCAAAAUUAAAUGCAUUGGCGGACAGUGGCUGGGGCCACUUUGUGCAACUACUGAAGAUGGUGAUAAAUAUCAACCUUUGUUCAAAAGUUGCAAACUGGAGACUUGGCAGAAAAAUUUAGUGAUGAGUUUUAGGAAUGUUACAGUUACGAGUCCGUCUUGGCAAUUUCCACAUGGUGCCAUUUUGCAAGCAAGGUGCACACUUUUAGGUCUAUACAAACUAACAGGAGACAGUACUAUAAAAUGUCUCAAUGGCGAAUGGAGCAACAAAUUGCCUUCGUGUGUUCCUACAAAUAAACUGACCAACUUUUCAGAACGAGCACCACCGGCAAUUCUACCACGUCUCCUAACAGGUUCAGCAAGUUUCGAACCUUCCGGAUCCUUAGCAAUCUAUCCAGGAAGUUCUCUAUCCCUGGAAUGUCUAUUUCCUCGUCUGGAAGGCCAACCAGAGUGGACCUGGAGUCCACAGUUCACCCAUUACGCCACGUCCUGGUCCAUGAAUCCUGACGACAAGGAUUUCAAGUACAAACUGACCAUGAAGGAUGUCACCAGCCAGGAUUCGGGAACGUUCACCUGCACCACGCCGAGGGGGCUGACUCAUAGUUUGAGGAUCACUGUCACAGCUGUAGAAUGUGCUCAACUGCCCUCCGAAGAUCCACCUCUAACUGUUCGCAUUGAAGGCAAUCGUCUCGGCCAAAGAGCUACUUAUUCUUGUCCAAGGGGCUACAAACUCGUCGGUCUGGCCAACAUAACCUGCCAGGCUUCAGGAGUUUGGUCGGCGGGCACUCCUAGGUGUCAACCUGUAAAAUGCCCAGAACUACAGUUGCCUGAUGCUCGUCUGUCUUUGGCCGAAUACGACCCUGGAGCAGGAGGCAGAGCUGUUUUUCGAUGUGCAUGGGGCCACAGAAUUAAUGGAGCCCCUGGAAUUGAAUGCGAUCACGAUGGGAAUUGGUCUGGUCCUGUACCAACGUGUAUAGCGAUACAAUGUACGGAACCUCCAGCGCCUCUCAAUGGACGUGUGGAGCCUCCGGUGCCCUGGAGUGGAACCCGUGAAAUAAGAUCGGAGCCUCAGCAGAGUAACGAACCGACUAAAUACGAUGUUGGUUCGUUGCUUCGCUUCGGGUGCAGCGAACGUCAUCUCUUAGUAGGAGAAACCAGUGUCGUUUGUACUGAAACAGGAUUGUGGUCACAUCCUCCGCCUUAUUGUAAAGUCCAAUGUCCAUACCCCGGAGACCCAGCUUGGGGUUUGUUGGCGCCCCUAAAAUUCUCCUACGACCCCGGAGACACCUUACAGGUACAAUGUCGUGCAGGUCACGAAGCACGUGGAGGCACCUCACCAGAAAGACCUCGUUGUCUUUCUGAUGGCACUUGGAGUCGCCCUGUACCAGAAUGUACUCCUUACGAACAAGUUUAG